AUGAAGAAGUUGCAUGAGUUUUUAUGGUCUUUGAUCGAUGCCGCCAGCGUUCAUCCAGAACAGACCUGGGCCAACGUCAUCCAGCGCUUCAUAUGGUUCAAGGCUCUCCGCCGCGACGCCAAUUUCUACGAGUCCACUGACCUUGCCCCGGACCUCGCAAAAUUAAAGUACUUCGUCAACAACGCUUGCAUCGUCCAUGCUCUCUGGUACCAGAAGCACUCUCUCGUUCCUCAAUUCGAACGAGUCAUAGCCGUUCACCGCGAGGUCUUGGCCCUCGGACGCCCCACCACCUUUAAUAUGCUUUUUGAGUUUCAGCAAUACGCCUCCUCCUUGGCUUGGAACCAGCAACGCGAGCCCAGGGUCUUCUUCGACCCAGACUAUCAGUGGAUAAUCGUCGGACGAGAGACCUUGUACCUCUCCAGAUUUCGUCAUGGCAUUCAAUCUCUCCUCGACCAGAUCGAGGACAGGUACCUCCUCCUCACCCGCGGUCGCAUCAUGAUGCAUGGCCUCCCUGACCAUGUCGCAGAUGACAUGACCAACUCCAUCCGCGGCCAUUCCUUCGUCAACGACGUCCAAUUCGAUCCCCUCAAGCUCCAGCUUUUCUUCCAUCUCGUCGACAUCCAUCGCUUGGCCAUGCUCGAUCGGGACGGCCGUCUCGCCUGGGAUAUACCCGCAGUAAAAGACAUCCUUCGCCGUACCGGCGACAUAUGGAAGCCCCUCUAUCAUCUUCUCUACAUCACAUCCCAGAUAUCCACCAGAGGCGUCCAAUUUUUGCAACACCAAAUCGCCAAUGCCGACCGACACCGAAACAUCUUCCUUCAGGGUCAGGAACUCAUCAUCUUGUCUGGCUACAGCAAGACCUCCCACAUUUCCGACAGAGAUUCUUGCACUCCUGCAUUCGUCCAUUCAAAAUUGGCACGAUGGAUGGUCGAGUUCCUCGCAGGAGGCUUGAGGCAUGCAGAAUCUCUCCUCGCAUACGUCGCAUACGGCGCCACCGCCCAUCAUGAAUACAAUACCUUCCUCGUGAUGGACGACGGUCGUAGAAUAAACCCGGACCAAUGGUAUUCCAUAUUCUUGCAGGUAAACCGAGAGCAAUUCCAGUGUGCCUGGGGCGUACGCGACUUCAGACAUGGCGCCAUAGCCAUGGCUAGGGAAUUCAUCUCUCUCAACCAUGCUUUCUCUCUCGCUGAUGACCUGCUGGCCGAGAGCGCGGACCACUCCACCCAAAUCGACCACAUCCAUUAUGGCAACCUCCACGGAGCCAUCCCUCAACUCACCAACAACGUCAUGGAGAAGCAUCGCUUGCUGUCCGAGGAAUGGCAGCUCUUCUGCGGCCUCGGUCCUGGCCAUCUGCAUCAUCCCCUAAUCACGGUGGAUCCUCUUCCCUCGACAUAUCCGCCAUUUCUGAGGCCAGUCUCGACCAGCACCGCCGCAGCAUUAAAGACUUACCUCCAGGAUAACUUGGUCCCGCUCCUUCGUGAUAUCGUCGCCCAGGACGUCCUGCCUUCCAUCCUCGAUACCCUACGGAAAACGACUCAGAACUCUGCUCCUGCUCCCGCAAUACAAUUAGCCAUCGGUACCGCGCUUCAUGCGCCGGUCGAGCCCCAAGGUCCUCCUCCCCAAGAAAUUAUAGCACCCCAAUCCACCCCGCUCUCUUGCAUCGAAACCGAGGACGCCGACAUAAAGUGCAUCGACAUGGAUGAGUUCUAUGCCCAGCGUCCCGCCGUAUUGCCCCCUCAGUCCUGCCCCAUCCCUUAUGCCGUUCCUGACCGUCAGAAAAUCAGAUUGCCCGCUCAGCCCUCAUCUUCUGCUCGCCUCCAUGAAAAAACAAAGUCGCCCGCUCAAUCCUCCUUCUCGCCCUCCAGCCUUCCUGCUCCUCCCACCGUCGCGGUCCAUCACAAACGUCCUCUUCACCCAGACUCAUCGAGCCGCUCGAAUCCCAGGGAGGAACUUGUUCGGUCCGCAAAACGCAUUAGGCUAGCAACCUCUUACCCUGAUGCCGCCGACUUGCGUAUCAAAGAAGAAACCGAUGAACGACCUGUCGUACUGGUGGCUUCCUCGUCGCAAGCAGAGGAUCAAUUGCUUGAGGACGAUGAAGAUGAUGACCGCGCGGUCCCCCGGGAGGCUUCCUCUUCUCAACCUGAUGAUCUGAUGAGUAUGGAUGAAGAUGAAGAGAUCGAGAUCCUGCCGCACUUUUCCCCAGAGGAGGACGAUAGAUGGACGCAGAGGGUGCGAGACGCGUUUAGAACGUUGUUCAAGGACCCUGCUGCCAAAGAAAGGUCUCCUGCUCAAUGCAAGGCUAUCAUAAACGUCAUGACCGCUAAAAAGGACACCUUCAUCACCCUUAAGACAGGAGGCGGCAAGAGCGCCCUGUGGAUGACCGCGCCUCUUAUCGAUCCUGGCCAGCGGUGCAUCGUCAUCUGCCCAUUUGUCGUCCUCCUGGAGGAGCAAGUAGAAAAAUGCCUGCAAUUGGGGCUCAGGGCGCACAACUUCACCAAAGAUAAGAACGUUCCUGCCGACGUUCACAUUCUUUUCGUGCAGGUAGAGAGCGCUUCUUCCAAGGCGUUCCAGGAGUUCCUGGCAUCUCCCCAAGGACGUUCCUUUACCAAAGUAUUUAUUGACGAACACCAUGACUUCCUGGUGUGUCAUCCCGAACGUAAAGAACAAUGGACGCGUCUUGCUGCGCAAUUUUCCAAGUGGCCGAUGCAAAUAAACCUCCUCUCAGCGACUUCCCCCCCAUCCAGCACUUCUGCUUAUCUUAAAGGCUUUUCCAUCCAGCCCGAGGAGGCCCUCAUCUAUCGCACCUGCACGGAUCGCCCAGAGAUAGGAUUUCACGUCUUGAACAUUCUUCCGCACCAUUUCAAUGCAUCCCUGAAGUCCCUCGUAUGCGCGCUGCAGUUGAAGAUGGCUGGAUCGGAUCGCAUGCUGGUAUUUUUCAACUCGAACAAAGAAGCAGAUAAUUUCAGUAGCGCCAUGGGGUGUGCAGUCUUUCACAGCGACCUUCCCACCAUCGGAGGAAACACGAAAACGCACAAUCUCGCCAGGUGGGACCGCGGAGAGACCAAUAUCAUGACUUGUACCACCGCCUUUGCCCAGGGAGUCGAUCGAAGCUCCGUGCGAUUCGUGGUGAUCAGUGAGGUUGAGUACGGUCUUCUGGUCGUGAAUCAGAUGUCUGGACGUUCGGGACGCGAUGGACGCGAGGCGCAUACAUUCUACCUCACUCAGAAAACAAGUCUGUCCGCGUUUCAGAGCGACCAAGACCACCACUGCAUCAAAGGCCUGGACGACGUCCUGUUUAGCGAUCACUGUCGCAGAUACACCUCCAUCAAGUGCAUGGAUGGCAAAGGUUUUGCCUACCGAUGCAAGGACAGAUCAGAUGUUGUGCAGUGCGACGUCUGCGAUCCUGCGAGCGAUAUGCAACGUAUGGCCUUGCAAGCAAUUAAGGAGUCCCCACAACUCCUCCGUCCUCAAUCAACCCGUGCUCCGACAUUUCCGGUCCCCAGUUCAUCUCGACCCUCGCAAACGUCAUCCUCCAUACCAUCUUCCUCGCUGGAUGAUGAUGCAUUGUUCGGAAAGUUUCCCAAAGUAACGCCUAAAAUGGAGAUCGCGCUCAACGCCAUGGAGGCCACCCAUGCACCGCUGGGUCAUCGAUUUCCCAUGGAGCUUCCCAGCAAAGGUCAGGGCGCUCGCCUUGUGUAUUCCCAACCGCCAGCAUCCAAGGCAUCCAAGGCAUCCAAGGCGCCAGCCCCUUCUUCAUCACUGCCUGUCUCUUUGCCAUCAUCAUCAUCCAGGAGCGACAGGGUCAUGGCAGGAAUUCAAAGUCGAUUGAAUCGCACAUCGCUCCUCGACAGGUUCAUGAGGAAGUUACAGAAUUGCUGCCCAGUCCAUUUUGCCGUCCACUCCCAAGCUCAUCCAGAGCAUGGUCCAUGCGCCUUGGGACGACAGGGCCAUGACUCCACGUACUCCGAAUUCAAGAACAGUUUCGUCUUCGAAAGGUAUACUUACUGCUUCAAUUGCGCCUUACCACAGAACUACAAACACAACAACGAGCAGCCAUCAUGCCACAGCGCAGUGUCUUACAGGACAGGAGGAUCUUGUCCUUUUGCAGGUUUCAUCUUUAAAGCCGUACACUGUCUUUGGAACUCAGGCGAAGCUAUGGUGUUGGCGGGGACUUUGGGCAUACACGGCGGCUGGAACAGCUUCCAGGAGUUCAUAUCUUGGGUGAACAAAGAAGAGAAGGAGCAAGGCAGGUACAUCAACCUCCUGGAGAUCUUCAUCGCAUUUUGUAACAAGUUGGAGAGUUCUCAGCCUAGGUUUUUCCUGUAG